ACCCCCUUCUCAAUUCUUCUAAUACGACACCGUAUGUUCUACUCAUAUUCAAUUUAUCAUUCGAUUUACGUUUUCCCUCUCGCUCUCUCUCUCUCUCUCUCUCUCUCUCUCUCCGUUCAGUGUUGUGGCUCAGCUACUGCGAUUUUCCAUAAGUGCGCAAUUCAAUAGCUCAUAAUCGAAGAGAGUGUGGCAACUUCAAUGCCUAGGCGGAAAGUAAGAAAAAAUGCUAAACAACCUGUUAGCAACAAUUUAGAUCAAGAUGGAGUCCCGACAGAUAAUAACGAAGAAGAUUUCGUGGACCAUGAAGUUGAACGACAAAGUGCUGCAAUCAGGGCUCUACGGGAUGUGGAAAUUGAACAACUGCAGACUAUGUUAAGGUUGCUUUGCUCCUAUUUCAGCGAGGAACAGUUGCAAGUCCCAUUACUGCCUUUUUUCGAGGAAAACUUUCCAAACCUAUCUAUUCCAAAAGCAGGGAAAGAUGGCAAGUAUGAAGUGAAAUGGAAAGACAGAGAAGAAAUCUUGUCUAUGAACAAUGCUGAUGGAAGAACACUACAUUCUUCUUUUCUACAUCGGCUUUCAAUGGCUUAUCCUGAUUACUCUGCUGGAAUUCCUUCUAUGGGUGGCUUCGAAUUUUCAAAUAAAACCGUGAAAACUGGCUUUUUCGGUGCUGAUAAACUGCAAAUCAGGAGUCUUGUCUUGGAAGAGCCAUCUGACUCACAAAUAUUAGAACCGAAGGAUAGCCUGCAGACACCAAAUGUUAGUAAUAAUAGAUUGUCUGUUGGCAUAACCCCGAAAACUCUGAGGCUUCCAAAGUGCGGUGAGGUGCUUCUGUCUGUACAUGGAUCGCCCCUUGGUGUUUAUAAGGAAGACAACAUGGAAACUAUACAAGAGACAGACGAUGGUUGAAAUCAUAUGUUAUUAGAGGAAGAUGUACUGCGUUUAAAGAGGCUCACUCGAAUGUAUUUAACUGAAAUCAUGCUACUUCAAUAUAUGUAAGUAAUCGAUAAACUUUCUACGCUAUCGAUCUUGUUUGUUGCUUGUCUGAAUAGAGUGACCUUAGUUAUCUUAAGACUUAGAUUUUAUUUUCUAUGGUCUAAUUUGUGAUGAGAAAUGAGGAAAUAGUAAAGGGUUGUAAGAGAAAGACGUGUACAACAGCAACUUGUUAGCACUUGAUUAUA